UUACAUGACGUCACCGUCUGUUGACAUUCUCCGCCAUGUUAAGGUUUAGCCGGGACACAGGGCUUUGUUUACUUGUUUUCAUUUCUUAAAAUCAUAGAUAACUAUCAAAUGCAUUCUUUAAGCACACAAAAGAUCGAAGAUUCGUUAAUAUAAUUACCAAAAAAGAAGAAACAGAAAAGAAGGAGUGUCCAAGGAAGUAAAUUGGUAAAUAGGACAACACGUAAAAAAGUACUGAGACGAUUAGACUUGUUAGUUAGGGAAGUUACACUCUAAAGCAGUGCUAGCAGCUAUAGGAUACUCUUUCCUAGACAGGAGACCAGUACUGGUGUUGUAAACAGUGUUUCUGGCUGGUUUGUGGUCAGUCUGUGAGCCAAAUGCAUGACAAUAUGGCCUCAGCUGACGAACCAGCCAGUAUGGAAUGCAUACUGAAGUCUGAGCUGUUCCCAAAGAAAUCUUUGGUGUGUGAGGAUGAUUCUCUGCAGGUACCCUUCCCACUGCUAUGUGGAGAGGCUGUAGAGUACCUAGGUAGGACAGCUGAUGGUGUGAUUGCUCUCUCCAACUUCAGAUUGUUGGUCAGGUCCAAGGACAGCUUUAUCAACAUUCCUCUAGGGAUGGUGGAGUCUGUCGAGUGUAGGGAAAUAUUUUCCGUUAAUAUCUAUUGCAAGGAUGCCACCGUUGUCAGAUGUGACUUCAGUACCAAUGAUUCUUGCCAAGACUGGUUCAAAAGGAUUACACAGAGGACCAGUAUACCUAAGGAAUUAAGUGGCCUAUUUGCCUUUGCCUUCUUUGCCUGGUGCCAAGACAGAAGUCCAUGUCCGUCUGAACAUGAAGUCUGUUAUCAACUUUGUCAGCAAGCAGAAAGAUUCAAUUUUAGCUUUGGGAAAGAAGUGGAAAGGAUGAAAUUUGAUUUGAAGAGUAAAUCUUCUUGGAGGAUAACUUAUAUCAAUGAAGAUUUCAGUGUGUGUUCAUCCUAUCCUAAAUGUCACAUAGUACCAGCCUGUAUUACAGAUAAACAUUUAAAGGAUGUGGCAGGAUUUAGAGCUCAGAGGAGGUUUCCUUCAGUUGUAUGGAGAGACCAGAGGAAUGGUGCAGUGUUAGUUAGAUGUAGCCAGCCUGAAUUAGGUUGGUUAGGAUGGAGGAGUACAGAGGAUGAAAAAAUGUUAGAAUCUGUUCCUAUAGCUUGUUCACAGAACCCAGGAACUUAUACCAAGUAUCCUGGUAUAAAUGAUGAUUCAUCUGGCUCUGAGUCUGGUUCACAGAAUGGAGAUGUAGGAAGUGACAUGAAUACAGAGAAUAAAAAGAUGAUUAUAAUGGACUGUAGAUCUUACAGUGCCGCUGUGGCCAACAGGGCCAAAGGAGGAGGUGUGGAGUGUGCAGAGUAUUACCAGAAUUCUGAGAUACAGUUUAUGAAUUUGGCCAACAUCCAUACUAUACGUAAAAGUUAUGUUGCUUUGAGAGCUUUGUGUAGUGGUGGUGCUGAUCAACCAAAUUGGUUAUCAACUUUAGAGACUACCAAAUGGUUUACCUAUCUAAGUGCCAUACUGAAGUCAGCUCUAGUGGCUGUUAACUCUAUUGAUAAGGAAGGGAAACCUGUACUGGUUCACUGUUCUGAUGGCUGGGAUAGAACCACACAGAUUAUAGCCUUAACAGAACUACUACUGGAUCCUUAUUAUAGGACGUUAGAGGGAUUUCAAGUAUUAGUAGAGAGAGAAUGGUUAGAUUAUGGACAUAAGUUUGCUGAUAGAUGUGGUAAUGGUAUCAACACAGAAGAUUUAAACGAGAGAUGUCCUGUGUUUCUACAGUGGUUAGACUGUGUGUAUCAACUCUACAAACAGUUCCCUUGUGCAUUCCAGUUCAAUGAAGCAUAUCUGGUAAAGUUGAUGCAGCAUACCUAUUCUCAUUUGUUUGGUACAUUCCUCUGUAACAACACUCGGGAAAGGGAAGCCAACCAGCUCAAUCUUAGAACAGCUUCUGUAUGGUCGCUACUCAACAACAAAAAUAAUAAAUUUACAAAUCAUCUAUACUGCCCAUCUCUAGAACAACAGGUGUUGUAUCCAUCAUACAAUGUGAGAAGUCUACAGCUUUGGGCAUCAGUAUAUCUAUCAAAUAAUUUAUCAAGGACAAGUUCUGAAGAUUUAUCUGUGGACAAACAGGAACAAGAGCCUUCUUGUAUGACUUGUAAUUUACAAAAAACUAGGUCAUGUGAAAAUCUUUUGGCCAAUCAGGAGGCUCCAGUUCCCAGUCCAAGUCGACGCAAAAGUGAUCCUAGCAUUGCACUAGAAAAUUUUGAUCAGGCUGUUCAUCAGACCAAAGAUACAGGUCAUCAUGCCCUGUCAGAUUUCAAAGAUAUUUCUGAUAGGCGAGACUUGAACGAUUCCAAAAUACCAAAAAGUAUUCCACUAGAAAAUGGACAUGGACCUUUGAUGGUAAAUGGACUGGUUACAAAUGGAAAUAGUAAUGACCUAAAUAAAAGUGAUAACUUAGAUAAUCAGAUUUUAGUGAAUGGACAUUCUGAAUUGACUCCUGACUGUGAUGAUAAACUAGGUAAAAACAUUGUUCAGAAUGGACAUAUGAACGGAAAUACUUCCGAUUCAGACAACGAAAGUAGUGGAAGUCCAGUUAGGACAUUAGUCAAAACAAAUAGUGAAAAAACAUUAAGUGAUAAAAAUGGAAUUGAAAGCUCAACAGAUACUUUAGUUGAUGAAAAUGAUUUGUCAAAAAUUAAUGGACGACUUAAAAUAGUGUCGAGGAGUGUAGAAAACUUAAUCCCUGCCAAAACAGCGAUAGGCAAAUUAAAAUCAUUAGAAAGCAGUUCUACGAUAAGCACGAGUACGAGUGAAAUAAGUAAUUCCAGUAUUGAAUUAUCAGGUUCUACUGAUGGAGACAAUCUGCGUAACCUUACAUGUUUACUGCAUCAAUCAAAUGCUCUGAAGUUGUCGUAUAAAACCAAUGGCUGUGUCAAACAAUUAACUAAUGGGUCGUUGUCUCCUAACAGAUUAUAUCCUACUCCAGCUAGUUCUAGAACUCCUAAUUCUACAUGUCCGCCUACACCCGGAGCUGAUAGUAAGUCAACGACAGAAUCGCACAUCCAUAGACAGUUAAAUGGUAUCAGUCGCUAUCUUGACGUUGAUGGAUUGACAAUCUUCAAUGAACCUGUACAACAAAGAAUGUUACAGGUGAAGUCUGACUUCGAACGACAGAUUCAGCUUCUGACAUCACAGCUGGAGGAGACAAGAGCUGCAUUGAUACACCAUGCCUCAGCAUGUAAUGGGGCAGGCAGAUGUUUGUUAGACAAUUUUAGAGAUGACUUGUUGAUGUCACCAGAUUCAAAUGGAGAGAUGAAUUCCUUAGGAGGCUGUAGUAAUGCGUCAGAUGUAAGCUGGGAACAGCUGGACGAAUCAGAUGCUAAGAUUGUUAAAUGGGUUCCUGACUAUGUGGCUACACAUUGUGCUGGAUGUACUGUAGGAUUUAAUAUCAUGAAGAGGAAACAUCACUGCAGGAAUUGUGGGAACAUUUUCUGUCAUGAAUGUAGUAAUAACUACACGCCUAUCCCUCAUCAGAACUUAGCUGGAGAGGAACGGGUCUGUUUUAAGUGCUUCAGUUUUCUUCAAAAACUACCAUUUAAUGGAAUGAUAGAUGAAAGACCAUUGGCUGCUGCUGCUUCCAACUGACUAAUCAGAAACAUUGGUACUAAAAGCUGAAAAUGACUGUGAAAGCAAGAAAGAUAACUUUCAGUUUCAUUUUUUCUUGUAAAGAUAUUCAGUAACUUGUACUUAUCUUUAGGGUUCAGUUUCUUCAAUUAGAAUUUACUUCAAAUUUGUAUAUGAUUUAUUUAUUUGUAUGUGAUUAAGAAUAUAUCACAAAUAAUUUAUUUUAUUUAAUUUCUAAAAUCUGUAUAUAUACCACUAAGUUUUGUUUAAUGAUUUCAGUGAGAAGAGAAACUCCUGUUUUUAUGUGUAAUUAACUAUUUCAGUCUGCAGAUGUCUGUUAAAGCAGCUUUGAUUGAUGAAUUUUGACCAAUGUGCUCCAAGUACAUAAAAUGGAGGAAUAUAAAAUAAGCUAUCUGAACCCAUAGAUAAAGUAUGCCUUACUGUAUAUCACAUCUAGUCUUUUAAGUUAUAUAAACAAAAAUUGAGAAUUAUUUUUUUUGAAUUUUAUGUCUACUUUUGUUAACAAGGGCAAAUUUGAAUUUUGUAUUUCCCUUGGUUUUUGAUUCCAUGAAAUGGAAGAGUGGACUUUAAAUGGAUUGGAUUACGUAGCUCAACUUAUAAUUAAUUAAAUCAUUGUUAAUGCCUCAACUAGGCUUUUAAUUUAAUGAAUGUCAUGCUUACAAAAAGAGGUGGUUGGCCAGUCAUUACUUUCUGUGAGAAUGUUUUAUAGGUUUUUAAUUUGAAUAAUUUUGAUAUAAUGGUGUAUUGCAUUUUCACUUGAGGCAGUUCCAUAAUUUAAUGUAUGUGGGUUUGUUCGCUUUUCAUUUUUAAUUCCAGAAAUGCAUAAAAUAUUUUUUUUUUUCAAAUUUCUGUAAAAUAAUUUAAAGAUUUCUUGGGAACAACCACUCAUCAAUUAUUAAUUUUCAGGGACCUGACAUCACAACAAUUUCUGGAAUAGAAUCUUUUUUUGGAUACACCAAAUUCACAGUAUGCCAUUUUUUUGUUGAAAAAUUUAUCAAAAUAGCAAAUUAAGAAAAAUAUUCUGUAUAUUUUCAAAAAGUUUCAUCACUUGCUUAGAUAUAGAUUGAUCAUGAUAAAUGUUUUGUUUUAUGUGUAAGAACUUUGACAAUUAUGGGACAACCUUAAAUUGCUAAAACAUGAUAGCUCCUAGAAAUUCAUUAACCUUGAAACAACUAUUUUUUCCAUAUCUCAAAAAUUGGUAUUCACAAAUUGAAAUAAAUAACAGUAAAAAAUUGUUAACACAUUUUGUAUCCAGAAUAGUUACCUUAAAAUAAAUCCUAAGAAAAAAGCCUCUUUAAACAUGAAUGAUCAGUCUUCUUUAAUAAGAGAUGAUAUAUAUCCCUGUUUUAAAUUGGAAUUCCAUAAACCCUUUCUCCAGUUUUCAUCAAACUUACUAUAAUAUAGCAAGAUUUUAAAGCGUAGAUUGUAUUAAAGUUUAAAUCCUAUAUUUGUAGUCAUAAUAAUACACUGUAACUAGAACAUGUAGUUCACGUGAAAUUUGAAAAAUAAAAAAAUAAAAUGCAAGUGGAGACAAAUUUGGAAAAAAAAAUUUCUCAUUAAACAUGGAAAAUGAAGGAAAAUUUAGAAUAAAAAAAAUUCUGUUAUAUCAGUAAAAAGAGAUUAUUUGAUGUAAUCUUUUGUACAAAUAGCGAUGAAACAGUACAUAUAUUGGAAGUAUUUGAAAUUUACAACCACAAAUUUUUGUUCUUUAGCUUUUGUUCCAUUCGACUUUUUAUUUGAUUCCAGAUUUGUCUCGGAAAACUAUUUUUAACUCUUGAAUAUUCCUAAAACAUAAUGCUAUAUAGUUCUUUUACCUAUGAAAUGAAAAUGAUUAAAGAUUGAACGUAAACAAAAAUCUAUAUGUGAGCUGCAUCAGAUAGAAAUCUACCUUAUGCAAAUGAAUAUCAAUACAUCUGUUUUACUCUGGGUUGAAAAAAUCUCUAUGCAUUUUUAACUCUUGAAUAUUCCUAAAACAUAAUGCUAUAUAGUUCUUUUACCUAUGACAUCAAAAUGAUUAAAGAUUGAAUGUAAACAAAAAUCUAUAUGUGAGCUGCAUCGGAUAGAAAUCUACCUUAUGCAAAUGAAUAUCAAUACAUCUGUUUUACUCUGGGUUAAAAAAAUCUCUAUGCAUUUUUAACUCUUGAAUAUUCCUAAAACAUAAUGCUAUAUAGUUCUUUUACCUAUGACAUGAAAAUGAUUAAAGAUUGAACGUAAACAAAAAUCUAUAUGUGAACUGCAUCGAUAGAAAUCUACCUUAUGCAAAUGAAUAUCAAUACAUCUGUUUUAUUCUAGGUUGAAAAAAUCUCUAUGCAAAAUCUGUUACUGUUGAUUUGAUAUAAGAACCAUACAAACCAGACACAAAUUCAUCUGUUCAUUUCGUAUUUGAAUGUUCCAAAAUAAGUCAAAGUAUUAUACACGUACAUAUAAACAUGCUCUUGCAUAAGGUUGAUUUCUAUCCAACACAGCUCAUGUCAUAAGGUACAAAGGGCUUUUAUGCUUUACUUAUUUGUGUCAUAGGGUUGCUCUCCAUAGAUGUAAAACUCAUUUAUAAUAUAUUAAAAAAUGACCACCUAAUUUUUAUGCACAAUUUUAACAGCAUAAUUUUACAAACUUCAUAUAAAAAUAACACACCUAAAUGUGAAUUGAAGAGGCAUAUAUAUUUACAAAUAAAGAUUAAUUGCUUAGUUUUGGAUUAAACCCUAAUUGUAAAUGAUAUAUAUCCACUUACAAACAUUCCUUUUUCCAUGUUUUUGUUUGUUUUUUUAAAUUCAAGUGCUACAUACAUAUACAUAAUGUUUUCAUUGACUUUAUUUUAUGUGUUUUAUAUAUUCUACAAAGACAAGCACCUGUAAUUGCCAUAAGUAUUUUUAGAUUUGGUUUGGUACUAGCAACUUUAGCAUUGAAAUGAUAUUACGGUUUUGAUGCAUUGUCAGAAUGACCUUCCAAUUUUAUUUUUUUUUGCUUCCAUUAAGUUCCAUGAUUUUUUUUUAAAAGAGCAAAACUUACAGUAAUUUUUAGAAAACAGAGGGGUAAAUUUUCUACACAUUUUAAAAUUUUUUAAGUCACAGUCUUCUUUGAUUGAAAACAAUGAACUUGAAACUAGAGUUAUGAUUGACACAGUAAUGAUUUGUGAUAUGAUUUUGUAAGCUGACAGAUCUUGUUAUUAAAUGUUAUAAACAG